GUAGUUUCUUGCCUCUGGCAGGCAACAGAUCUCUGUGUCCGGCGACAUCAGCCAGCAAGCUGCACAAAAAUGGCGUUCACAUUCGCGGCCUUUUGUUACAUGCUUGCGUUAUUGCUUACGGCCGCUCUUAUUUUCUUCGCCAUUUGGCAUAUAAUUGCAUUCGAUGAACUGAAGACUGAUUACAAGAAUCCCAUAGAUCAAUGUAACACAUUGAAUCCGCUGGUGCUCCCGGAGUAUCUCAUCCAUGUGUUCUUCUGCGUGAUGUUCCUGUGUGCUGCGGAGUGGCUCACCCUGGGCCUCAACAUGCCACUGCUGGCCUACCACGUCUGGAGGUAUAUGAGCAGGCCGGUGAUGAGUGGUCCAGGACUCUAUGAUCCGACUACAAUCAUGAACGCUGAUGUCUUGGCCUACUGUCAAAAGGAGGGCUGGUGCAAACUGGCCUUCUACCUCCUCUCCUUCUUCUACUAUCUCUAUGGGAUGAUCUACGUGUUGGUGAGCUCUUAGAGCGGUCAGAUCUGCAUGUACAAGAUGAAUCACUUUGGUUUUAGUGGCUGGAGGAGAAGCUGAAACGGGACCUGCAGGAAGACUGACCAUUUACCACUGAGUGAUACAAGAUGUCCGCCGUUUCAACAGGAUGGACAAACCCCCAACGCGGAGCGCCAUUACCAUACAGAGACAUGUCUCCCUUUUUAAAUUAUUGUCUUCAAUUUCGGUCGCAGCUUUCCUCUCUUUAUCAUAGUUUUAGUCAGUCCAAAACUAGAUGCUUUCUGAGAGGAAGACUAACAACGACAGACCUUUGGACUCUUUUCCAUUAUGUGAUUAUUUGAUGCUUUAAAAUUGAAUUUAAAUAAUAUUUUUUGACCCUCCCUACUUUUGAUUGUUUACAAAGUAGAACAGAUAUUCUGCAUCGUCGGUUAGAUUCAGAGCUGUGUGCUGCUUGUUAUAAAUAAAUAAAUACUGAAAUGAC